ACCCUUUACGAGGAUAGUAAGAUGGCUUCGAACUUUUCACUCGCGGGGCUCGCGAGAAAAUUUUCACGUCGCAUCGUCUGUAAGAAACUUGACAGAAAUUGGAUUAGAAAUUCCUUGGGAGGGUCGGGUCAAUUUUCGUCACCUCGUCGUUCCCUCGGCACGACGUCAAAAAUCGUACUUCCAACAAAAAUCAAGCUACCUUGAAAGAACAACAAAGAGGGCCGCUAUUUUAUCAAGGAAGGAAACGCGAUUUGAAUUGCAUUUGUCACAAACGCGGCCCUUCAAUCGAAGUCACUCGUGAAACUGUAAAUCUUGUUUGGCAUAAAGAAUACCGUCUCCUUGACUCUCUCUAGAAAGUGGUAGUGGAGAGUUCGACGCUGGCAUUGGAGUACGGUGAUCUCGAGAUUGAUCCUGGUUCUCCAGUGAACCCGGAUCUGCUAUUCGAUUCGCAGCUGAUGCACCUUUACGUACUGACGGAGAAGAGGGUCUCAAAGGUUAAAGUUCAGGAGUGCUCGGUCUACAAGACCUGCUGGGACUGCCUGGGCGCCAAGGAUCCGUACUGCGGCUGGUGCUCGUUGGAAAACAAGUGCAACCUGCGCAGCGACUGCCAGGACGCGGCCAAGGAUCCGCUCUACUGGAUUUCCUACAAGAGCGGUAGAUGCACGACGAUCACCACUGUCACGCCGGACCAACUGCAGCGCACCACCGCCAGGACUCUCGAGCUCGUCAUCGAGAAUCUACCGACGCUGUCCGGGCAGUUCCUUUGCGCGUUCUCCGCCCUCGACAAGACCCUGAUCACGAACGCCUCGCGGAAGUCCUACGGCGUGAACUGUACCACACCGAGAACCGAUUUAUUGCCAUCGAUACCGCCGGGCCGGCACCAUUUCACGGCCAAGCUGUCCGUUCGAAUGACAAACGGACCCGAUUUGGUAGCGACGAAUUUCACUUUCUUCGACUGCAACACGUACAGCUCGUGCACGCAGUGCGUGUCGUCGAGCUUCCCAUGCGACUGGUGCGUUGAUGGUCAUCGAUGCACACACGAUACAGCGGAGAACUGUCGGAACGACAUUCUUGUUACAGGAGUUAGCAGAAUGGGACCAAGCUAUAGGAGUGGGCCAGGUUUUUGUCCUACUAUAAACGCCACCGAAUCUCAAGAGAUUCUCGUGUCUUCCGGUAUCAAAAAAGCGAUACGAGUUAAAGUGCAUAUCAUUGGGCAAUUCAUCAUACAAACGCGGUUCGUGUGCCAAUUCAACAUCGAAGGUCGCGUGACAAGUGUGAACGCGCGUCUGUUGGCCGACACGAUCUACUGCGAGGAGACGGAAUUCUCUUAUACCUCUCGCGCGCCGAAUAUCACGGUACCUUUCGCAGUGAUCUGGGGCGGUUCCAAACCUUUGGAUAAUCCAGACAAUAUACACCUUGUGAUAUACCGUUGCCGCGACAUGGCGGAGAACUGCGGCAUGUGCCUGGCUCUGCCGACGAAGUACGGAUGUGGCUGGUGCCAGAGCUCGGACAGAUGCGAGGUGAAGGAUCAGUGCGACCGCGGCUCGGGCAUGUGGCUCAACAGCAACCAGACCUGCCCAAAUCCGGAGAUACAUUCGUUCGAGCCGGUAAUGGGCCCCUGGGAAGGAAACACGAACGUGACGAUUCAAGGCAUCAAUCUUGGCAAGACAUUCAAGGACAUAGUCGGUGGCGUUACUGUGGCCGGUAUGCGAUGUCUACCUUAUGAAGACCUUUACAUUCGAACGAAGCAAAUCGUUUGCCGAGUCGACGGACCUGGCACGCAGGAGGGCAGAAGCGGACCCGUCAUCGUCAAGAUCGAAGACUUCCGCGGCGAAUCGGACUACAAUUUCGAAUUUGUGGACCCGCAGAUCAUCUCGAUAUCACCCAAGUACGGACCUUUGAGCGGUGGUACCACUAUAAAGAUCACCGGUAAUUAUAUGAACGCCGGCAGCACAAUUCACGCUGAUAUCGACGACCUACCCUGCUCCAUAAUAAGUACCGAACCGAACGAGGCCCUUUGCAUGACGAGUCCAAGCGAUCGAAAGCGAUCGAAGGCGAUGCUAAAGAUGUCCUUUGACGGUGGCAAGCGUUUAUACGACGGCCACUUCGAAUACGUCGAUGACCCGACAAUCGAGACCGUGGAGAGCGGCGUUGCCGGUCAAAUGAAGGUCCCGAAAGGAAUUCCGGCGGGUGGAAUAAAGAUCUCGGUGACCGGCAAGAACCUCGCCUACAUACAGAGCCCGCAAAUGUACGUCUACUACGAUGAGAAAAUGUUCGUGUCGCAGUGCGAGGUGCACAGUCAAGAGAGCAUGAUGUGCAAGUCGCCGGCCAUCGAAUUGCGCGAGGGCGAGGUGCUGGAUGCCGAGAAACCGCGCCAUCUUGAAUACGGCUUCCGCAUGGACAACGUUACCGGGGUGCAGAAUCUCUCGCGGCAGCCCGGCUUUAGCAAGUUUAUCAUGUAUCCAAACCCGACCUACGAGGUCUUCGACGAGGACGUCAAGUAUUACAAAAGUGACUAUCUGACGAUCAACGGUCAGCACCUUGAUCGUGCCUGCCAGGAGUCCGACGUGGUCGUGCAAAUCGGUAAUGCCUUCUGCAACGUCACGUCCCUGUCGCGGCAACAGCUCACAUGCCGGCCACCCUUGACGCAACCGCCGGCUAUCGAUGCCCAGGGUCUGCCCAAUAAACAGGAACUGCCGGAGGUGGUGGUGAUAGUGGGUGGUACGCUUCGUUACAAGAUCGGCAAGCUUAGCUACGCACUGCCAGCCGGACUGAACGGGCCGCUGUCGAAACCCGCGCUCUUCGGCGUCAUCGCCGCCAUCGUGAUCUUAGUAGUCGUAUUCAUAGCGUUCCUUAUCGCCUAUCGCAGAAAGUCCACGGAGAGCAACCGCGUGUUGAAGAAUAUGCAGGAGCAGAUGGAUAUUCUCGAGCUACGGGUCGCCGCCGAGUGUAAGGAGGCCUUUGCCGAGUUGCAGACGGAAAUGACCGAUCUCACCGGAGACCUCACCAGCGGCGGCAUACCCUUCCUCGAUUACCGCACUUACGCGAUGAUGAUAUUAUUCCCCAGCGACGACAACAGUCCGGUGCUGCAGUGGGACAGGCCAGAACUCGUACGGAAGGAGAAGGGAUUGCGCCUGUUCGGUCAGCUGAUAAUGAACAAGACCUUCCUGUUGUUGUUCGUACGAACGCUCGAGAGCAAUCGUUAUUUCUCGAUGAGAGAUCGGGUUAACGUUGCCAGUCUAAUCAUGGUCACGCUGCAGAGCAAAAUGGAAUAUUGCACGGACAUUUUGAAGACCUUGCUGGCGGAUCUUAUCGAGAAGUGCACGGAAGGCAAAAGUCAUCCAAAGCUAUUCCUGAGACGAACCGAGAGCGUCGCUGAGAAAAUGCUGUCUGCUUGGUUCACAUUUCUCUUGUACAAAUUCAUGAGAGAAUGCGCCGGUGAGCCAUUGUACGUAUUGUUUCGCGCGGUAAAACAGCAAGUCGAUAAGGGCCCUGUCGAUGCGAUUACGUCGGAAGCACGAUACUCUUUGUCCGAAGAGAAAUUGAUCCGGCAAUCUAUUGACUUUAAGCCAAUGACGGUUUACGUCUCGAUAUCCCAACAAACCGUGUUCGUUGGCGGAAUGGAUCCUAACACGGAGAACGUGCCAGUCAAGGUCCUUGACUGCGACACAAUAUCUCAAGUGAAGGAGAAGGCGUUGGAUACGAUCUACCGAGCAACUCCGUACAGCCAAAGGCCCCGAAAGGAGGAUCUUGAUCUCGAAUGGCGUACCGGCGCGUCCGGUAGAUUAAUUCUCUACGACGAAGAUUCGACAACGAAGACGGAGGGCGAGUGGAAGAAGAGAAACACUUUGAAUCACUACAGGGUACCGGACGGAGCGUCGCUCAACUUAGUAUCCAAACAAUCGUCUAUAUAUAACCUUUCGAUUCUGUCGGAGAAGACAGACAAAUCGCACAAAUACGAGACCUUGAAUCUUAGCAAAUUCAGUUCGGCGAGUCCCCCGCUCUCCCGCGCCACGUCGCCGCUCAAUCAGAAUAUCGAGGCCGGCAUGAAGAUCUGGCACCUCGUCAAGCACCACGAUUCCGACGCGCGGAAGGAAGGGGAUCGCGGCAACAAAAUGGUCUCGGAGAUCUAUUUGACGAGGUUACUGGCGACAAAGGGUACGCUACAAAAGUUCGUCGACGAUCUGUUCGAGACAAUAUUUAGCACUGCCCAUCGAGGUUCGGCGCUACCUCUCGCCAUCAAGUACAUGUUCGAUUUCAUGGACGACCAAGCUCUGCAACACGGCAUAUCCGAUCCGGAAGUGGUCCACACGUGGAAGAGCAAUUCCCUUCCUCUUAGGUUUUGGGUUAAUCUCAUAAAAAAUCCGAAUUUUAUUUUCGAUAUACACAAGUCCAACAUUGUGGACUCGUGCUUGUCCGUCGUGGCGCAGACGUUUAUGGACAGCUGCUCAACGUCGGACCAUAGAUUAGGUAAGGACUCUCCGAGUUCGAAACUAUUAUAUGCGAAGGACAUUCCAGUGUACAAAGAGUGGGUAGAGCGUUACUACUCAGAUAUUAAAGUCAUGCCAGCCAUAUCCGAUCAAGACAUGAAUGCCAUGCUUGCCGAAGAGUCGAGGUUGCACACAACGGAGUUUAACACGAAUUGUGCUUUAUACGAACUGUAUACAUACGCGGGUAAAUACAACGAACAACUAAUAGUCACGCUCGAGGAGGACGAGUUCUCGCAGAAGCAGAGACUGGCGUACAAACUCGAGCAGGUGCACAAUAUAAUGGCGGCGGACAAUCCCUGAUGCAUGACCAUGAACUCCAUGAAGCACAUGACGAAACCUGCUCGUCAAGAGUUACCCUGCUGAGCGGUCAAUCGCGAUCCCCGGUAUUAUAAUUAUCAACAGCGCAAACGAGGGGAACUGGCCUACCUUGAAAUCGAUUAUCUCAGGUUCCGUGCAAAAGCCAGUUUUUUCUCAGCUUAACGCGAAUCGCGAGUGAACUUUGGGGGAGUUGUAGACCACAACGGGGAAGGGGGCUAAAGAAUCGUCGCGAGUUAACUGGGAAUUUAAUUAAAGGACUAUAAGUGUUAAAAGUUAUGUGUCGAGGAAGUCUUCUCAGAGGUCGCCAGUUCGUAGGUGUGGCCAUAAUCAUAAGCACAUUGCCGCGCGCGCGCGCGCGCGCGCGUAAUUGUACAUAAGAUAUCAAAAAAAAAAUCAUGAAAUAAUUGUAAUAGGAUAUUAAAUGUACGAUCACCCCUCGACGGCCGAGUCGAGUGCAAAAG